CCACCAUGGACGUAUAUAGGAGGCGAGGUUUUACGAUGGCCUUGUUGGCGAUCGAUCAGGCAUUCUCCUACUCGCAUGCACCUUCCCAACAGAAUACAGCCCUAGAGUCUAUCGAGUUUUGCGCUGUCUGCCGCCCAAAAUGUCGCAUCCCAAGCUCAGAGACCCUUCGCUCCUGAAGAAGGAGUGUCUUGUGGACGGCCAAUGGGUCACAUCUGCGUUAGGGAAGCUGUUUGCAGUCGAGAACCCGUCGACGCUUGUCGAGGUGGCCCAAUGCCCCGAGUUUGACCCCAAAGACACCGAGGCGGCCAUAAAGGCAGCCCAUGCGGCGCUACCGUCCUACAAGAAGACGCCCGCGAGGACGAGGGCGCGGUACCUGCGGAGGUGGUACGAGCUGAUGAUGGAGAACGCCGAGGACCUCGCGACCAUCAUCACGCUCGAGAACGGCAAGCCGCUCGCCGACUCGAGGACCGAGGUUACCUACGCCGCCUCCUUCUUCGAGUGGUUCUCCGAGGAGGCCCCGAGGAUCUACGGCGACACCAUCCAGGCCGCCAACCCGUCCCACCGCCUCCUGACGCUCAAGGAGCCCGUGGGCGUGUGCGGCAUCAUCGCGCCGUGGAACUUCCCCGCGGCCAUGAUCACGCGCAAGGUUGGGCCCGCGCUGGCCGCCGGUUGCACGCUCGUCAUCAAGGCGCCCGCCGAGGCCCCCCUGUCCGCGCUGGCGCUGGCGGAGCUCGCGCAGAGGGCGGGUAUCCCCGCCGGCGUCGUCAACGUCAUCACGGCGCUCGAGAACACGGCCGCCGUGGGCCACGUCAUGACCACGCACCCGGCCGUCAAGAAGGUGUCGUUCACCGGGUCCACGGGGGUCGGCAAGCUCCUGAUGGGCCAGAGCUCGUCGACGCUGAAAAAACUGUCGUUCGAGCUGGGCGGCAACGCGCCCUUUAUCGUCUUCGACGAUGCCGACCUCGAAGUUGCCCUGCAGGGCUUCAUCGCGUCCAAGUUCAGGCUAUCGGGGCAGACGUGCGUGUGCGCGAACCGCAUUUUGGUGCACCGGGCCGUGUACGACAAGUUCCUCAAAAUGGCCGUCGACGCCGUCAGCAAAUUCGUCGUUGGUGACGGCUUUGGCGACAAGACGACACACGGCCCGCUCAUCCACUCCCGGGCGGUGGCAAAAGUCGACGAGCACGUAAAGGACGCGGUCGCCAAGGGUGCCCGGGUUAUGCUCGGUGGCAAGCCGCGGACCGACCUGGGGCCCAACUACUUCGACAUCACGGUGCUGGCAGACAUGAAGCCCGGCAUGCGCAUCUGCUCCGAGGAGACGUUUGGGCCGGUUGCGCCUUUCUUUGUUUUUGAGACCGAGGAGGAGGCUCUAAGCCUCGCGAACGACGCGGACGUCGGCUUGGCCGGAUACUUCUUCAGCCGGGACGUCAACCGCUGCUGGCGGGUUGCCGAGGCGCUAGAGGUCGGCAUGGUCGGAGUCAACACUGGAGUUAUCAGCGAUCCCGCAGCACCGUUUGGCGGCAUCAAGGAGAGUGGUUUUGGGCGGGAGGGCAGCAAGUACGGAAUCGACGAGUACUUGACGACCAAGAUGGUCAUGAUGGGGGUCAAAUGAAACCAGAACACGGGAUAUGGACGGCAUGGAAAUGCCGAAGUGACAGCUUGAACUUGUCCAAGAUGCCUGCUGUGUCCUGAAUAUGUGUAAACCCCUAAGAUGGCGUUGGAGUCCCGACAGUAGUUGAACAAGUAGCGACGUUGUGGGGCAUGGCCAGCAUAGUGUCGGCCGACUAGCAAAUAAACAGGAGAUGGAGAUGCAGAUCGGCCGCCCCUGAAUUCAGGUGCGUCGUAUUGACAAGACGGGGACGAAUCAGCUCAAUCAAUGCUGAAAUAUGGG